UCACUUUGACAUGUUCCAGUUGUCAGUCGACGUCGUUCGUUUCGGACUCAGUUGGUGUUUCACCCUCGACUUGUAGGGUUGUAUACGUCAACUCCUCCUGGGACUUUCGCAUUACACUCGGCGUAUUUAAAUAAACUACAUCGAAUAUGGCGAAGUUGAGCCCCGUCAUCCGAUGGAUUGAUGGUUCCUGCUGCGGAAAUUUGUCUUCACAAAGGAGAAUAUUAUCGUACAAGGCAUUUAUCUUGAUAGUAACAUUUUUCAUAUACUGCUCAUAUCACCUUUCAAGGAAGCCUAUUUCCAUCGUGAAAACUGUUUUAAAUCAGAAUUGCACCAAUAAAACAGACCCAAAUCACACCAAUAAUACCCACUGGUGUGACUGGAAACCUUUUGAUGAUGACAACUCGCAAACUCUCUUGGGAUUUGUGGACUCGGCUUUCCUCUUUGCGUAUGCUUUUGGGAUGUUUUUCAGGUUAGAUUGAAUAUCUUUGUUUUGUUGUU